CUUCCGAAUGAAGUGAAAUUAUGCCCUUCACCUCUCUCUCUCUCUCUCUCUCUCUCUCUCUCUCUCUCUCUCUUGUGUUUUUUCACAUUUUGGUGUAAACUCUCUCACUUGACUCGCACAGAAAUGUGUAGUUUAAAAGCGUCCCUAGUCUACGGACAAACGCAGAGAGAAAAGGAGCUGGAGAGCGAAAGACGAACCUACGCAACCGACGAGCAUCUCAACUAACCGUCUGAACGAACGCCGAAGAAGCCCGGCAAUGUUGCCGUAGAUAUUAGCUACGCCACUGCUCUCCACCUGAGCCCACCUCUCACAAAUGCGGGUUUCUGACGCCCAUUUUUCUCCAUCUCCGGCAAUGGCUCAGCCGAAACGGUCAUCCCCGACUCCACCCCAAAAUGCUUCCACUAAGGAUCUCAAAUAUCGUGUCAUUACCUACCUCAACAAGCUCUCUGACUGAGACAUUUAUGCCAUUGCUACCUCCGAGCUCGAAUCCAUCGCUCGGAAUCUGAAUCACGACUCCUUCUCCCCGUUCCUUACUUGCAUCUACGAUACGGAUUCUUCCGAGAAAUCACCUGUCCGUAAGCAAUGCGUCCGUCUUCUAGGUUUCCUCUCUGAGACACAUGGUGACGCUCUCUCUCCUUUCCUCUCUAAAAUGCUAGCCAACAUCGUCCGUCGCCUCAGAGACCCUGAUUCCGCCAUCCGGUUCGCUUGCAUCGAUGCGGUCUCCGCGAUGGCCUCACAGAUCACUAAGCCUCCCUUCUCCGUGUUCUUGAAGCCGUUAACGGAGGCCCUGCUGCUUGAGCAGGACUACAAUUCGCAGAUCGGUUCUGCGCUUUGUCUUGCUUCCGCGAUUGAUGCUUCUCCCGAUCCGGACCCGGCGCAACUGCAGAGGCUUCUGCCCAGGCUCUUGAAGUUACUGAGGGCUGAGUGCUUCAAAGCGAAGCCAGCGCUGCUGUCGCUCAUUGGCAGCAUUGUUGGCGCCGGUGGUGCCUCCAGCCAUAAUGUUUUGCUGAAUUUGAUACCUUGUGCGGUUGACUUCUUGAGUAGUGGAGAUUGGGCGGCGAGGAAGGCCGCCGCGGAGACGCUUGUGAAGUUGGCUAUCGUGGAGAGGAAUCUGUUGUCGGAGUUCAAGUCUUCGUGUAUUACGUCUUUUGAAGCUCGGAGGUUCGAUAAGGUGAAGGCUGUUCGGGACACAAUGAAUCGGAUGUUAGAAGCCUGGAAGGAUGUUCCUGGCCUUCCUGAUGAAAUGUCGCCACCAUCCCAAUCCAAACCUUCUUCGAGAGAGAGUGCCAGCGAUGGGCGUUUUCCUCCUUACUCCAUAAACUCUGUUUCCUUGGGCUUUGAGACUCCGCAAUUGAAGAAGAAAACAAUUUCCAAAAGCACACCAUUGUCACCAUAUAAGUCACCCGAAACGAAAGUUAGAAAAAAGAGUCCAUUGGAGACUAAUGACACGAAACAUGGUAAGCUGGAGUGCAAGAAGCCAUCUGAUUGGAAAAUUGAGAUUGCUGUUCCUCAUUCUCAACCUUUUACUGUUCUCUGUGAUGACGAUGUUAAACAAAGAGAUGGAAAGGUUCUGGAAGAAAAUGAAAGCAGACACGGAACCAAAAGAGCCCUCUUUAAUAAGAAUUUCGAUGACAAGAUGUACAAGUUUGGAGGGUUAAGAUCUGGGUCUCGUGUUGUCCCGUUUCAUGACAAGGAGGGUUCUGAAUCUACUAUUGUGGUCAGUAAUACAACUGAGGAUAUCUAUGGCAACCACAAAGAUAAUGAGGACUUAUGUUUGAUACGAAAACAGCUGGUUCAGAUUGAGAACCAACAAUCCAGUCUAUUGGAUCUUCUCCAGAAGUUUAUUGGGAGCUCACAGAGUGGGAUGCGAUCGCUGGAGACACGUGUACAUGGGCUAGAAAUGGCACUGGAUGAGAUUUCCUAUGACUUGGCUGUAUCAACCGGAAGGAUGUCAAAGACUGACACUGCAGGAAAUACAUGUUGUAUGUUACCUGGUGCAGAAUUUCUCAGUUCCAGGUUCUGGAAGAGAACAGAUAGCCGAUGUUCAACGUCAAGGUUCUCUUCUUCGGGGGGCACAUCAUCAUUGGCUGCCAUGAGAAAAAUGACCGAUAAUGAUGGAAAUGCUGAACUUUUUAUGCUGAAGAACAGGAGAUUCCGACUCCAAUGGGGCAGUGGAUUUGUUGUGAAUCCAUUGGCAGAGAUUCAUAAUGACUCCACGGGGAGUCCAAGGGUCUAUUCAAACAGAAUGACAAAGUCGGCAAUUCAGGCUCUUGAGGGAAGGCAAGGUCACAAUGGCAGUGGCCUUCUCACUGGGUUACUUCCAGCCGAUGCAGUCAGCAGAUCAUCUGCGUAGAUGGAGUGGAGGUUGAGUUUGCUAGAGGUCUCAGUAUGUGAGAAUGCGAGACUCACCAUGGUUAUUUCAUCAAUUAAAGAUAGUAAGAGGUAUGGUGAGGCUGAAAAUUUACCUGGGAGGGACACCUGUGACAGAGAACGUGGGGCGAAAAAUUGGCUUGGGGAGCAGUCUUCCUAAUAGUUAAUUAAAAGAGCAGGUUGAUUCAUAAAAUAACUAAACAAAAGCAAGCAUUCAAUUAAGUUGGAGAAUUCGGGAUUGUAAUUACGUGUGAUCUUAUAUCAGACAGAUGCCCUUACAGGGGAAAGAGGUGCAAUGUACAUAGAGAAGAAGAGGUUUUCCUUUCCUUUCUUUUUAUCUGGUACUUGUUAUCUGUUGCUCUGAAAUUGAUUAAAAAAAGAGGAAUCAUGUGAAGAUAUAAACUAA